UCGUGCGCCCAUUGUUGAGCCUAGGUUCAUCGUUGACCAGAGUUCGAAGCCCAGAUGAAGAUUACGGCCUCGCUCCCUGUCCGGCUCUUCCCGCUCUCUAUCCGUUAUCAUUUCCACGAGGGCCUCAAUCUUAGCCCGUCAAGUUACCUUGUUUUUCUUAUAACGUUAUCUUCUCUCACUCUUUUCUUCUUCGUCUUCUUCCCUUAUGCAGCUACUGAAAGGAAAUGCAAAUAAAUUUGGUAACACAAAUGCAAGCUCAUGUGAUUAUACCUUCUUCACUGACACUCAAUACACCUUUUCUCUUCUUUCCUCGAAAUAAACCGUUGCUUGCAACCACUAAAAACUUUUCCAAUUUUAAUCUCUCAAAUGGAAGUUCAAGAACUACUUUCACUAGAAAGGCGACAAUCAAGAAUGGUAGUGAAGUCAGUAAUCAGGAGAAAAAAGAAGAAUCACAAAAUCAACAGUUGAAAAGGGCGUACCCAUUUCAUGAAAUUGAGCCGAAUUGGCAAAGCUAUUGGGAAGAAAAUGAUACGUUUAAAACUCCUGAUGAAAUUGAUACUUCUAAACCCAAAUACUAUAUCUUAGAUAUGUUCCCAUAUCCUAGUGGAGCUGGAUUGCAUGUGGGUCACCCACUUGGAUAUACUGCUACUGACAUUCUGGCUCGAUACAAACGGAUGCAAGGUUUUAAUAUUUUGCAUCCAAUGGGUUGGGAUGCAUUUGGAUUACCAGCUGAGCAAUAUGCAAUUGAGACAGGAACCCAUCCUAAAACCACCACACUGAAGAACAUUGGACGCUUCCGUGCUCAGCUCAAGUCGUUAGGCUUCUCAUAUGAUUGGGAUCGUGAAAUCUCGACCACUGAACCAGAAUAUUAUAAAUGGACACAGUGGAUUUUUCUUCAACUAUUCAAAAAAGGACUGGCAUACCAGGCCGAAGUGCCUGUUAAUUGGUGUCCUGCACUAGGUACUGUGUUAGCAAAUGAGGAAGUAGUGGAUGGGGUUAGUGAACGUGGUGGUCAUCCAGUUAUAAAAAAGCCAAUGCGCCAAUGGAUGCUCAAAAUUACUGCAUAUGCCGAUCGUCUUCUUGAAGACUUGAAUGACCUUGACUGGCCUGAAAGCAUAAAGGAAAUGCAGCGGAACUGGAUUGGAAGGUCAGAAGGGGCAGAGAUGGGAUUCUGUGUACUUGAUCAUGAAGGUCAGGAGCAGGAAAUAUCAAUCACUAUAUAUACAACCAGACCAGAUACCAUAUUCGGAGCAACAUAUCUUGUUGUAGCUCCUGAACAUCCUCUCCUGUCAUUGCUGAUAUCUGAGGGGCAGAAAAAAUGUGUGGAGGAGUACAUUGAACUUGCAUCAAGAAAGAGUGAUCUUGAGAGGACUGAACUUCAGAAGGAAAAAACAGGUGUUUUUACUGGUUCUUAUGCUCGAAAUCCAGUUAACAGGGAAGCUAUUCCAAUCUGGGUUGCUGAUUAUGUUCUGGGAAGUUAUGGUACUGGAGCAAUAAUGGCUGUACCUGCACAUGAUUCUCGUGACCAUGAUUUUGCAAUGAAAUAUGAUAUACCAAUUUGUUGGGUUGUGAACCCAGAAGGUGAAAGUAAUCGUAAAUUUGGAGAGACAUAUUCAGGAGAAGGUAUCAUUAUGAAUUCAUCCGGUUUGGCAUCCAAGCUUGAUAUUAAUGGCUUGCAUAGCAAAGAAGCAGCUUCCACCGUCAUUAAUUGGGCUGAGAGUACUGGUCAUGGCAAGAGAAAGGUGAACUACAAGCUGCGGGAUUGGCUAUUUGCUCGGCAACGUUACUGGGGAGAGCCGUUUCCAGUGGUUUUCUUGGAUGAUACUGAUGAAAUAGUACCGGUUCCUGAAAGUGAACUGCCAGUUAUACUACCUGAGUUGGACGAUUUCACACCCACUGGAACAGGGGAGCCACCACUAGCCAAGGCAGUGUCUUGGGUUAAAACCACAGAUCCUACAUCUGGAAAACCUGCAAGACGAGAGACAAUUACCAUGCCACAAUGGGCUGGUUCGUGCUGGUACUAUUUGAGAUUUAUGGACCCAAAAAAUACUGAUGCGUUGGUUGACAAGAAAAAAGAGAAGUACUGGGGUCCGGUUGAUGUUUAUGUUGGUGGUGCUGAGCAUUCUGUCCUACACUUACUUUACGCUCGGUUCUGGCACAAGGUGCUCUUUGACAUAGGUGUUGUGUCCACCAAGGAACCCUUCCAAUGUCUCAUAAACCAGGGACUCAUACUUGGGGAGGUUGAAUAUACAGCUUACAGAGAUUCAGAAGAAAAUCUAAUAUCUGCGGACUUCGUUACUCUCUUAUCUGAACUUAGUCAAGAAAGAGUAUCAGAAGAAAAGGUCAUUAAAUCUGGAGAUUACUUUGUACUAAAAGAUAAUCCAACCAUCCGCUUGACUUCAAGAGCUCAUAAGAUGAGUAAGAGUAGGGGAAAUGUCAUUAAUCCAGAUGAUGUCGUAACUGAAUAUGGUGCAGAUUCACUUCGCCUCUAUGAGAUGUUCAUGGGACCAUUAAGAGACUCGAAAACCUGGAGUACUGGUGGAAUUGAAGGUGUCCAUCGAUUUCUGGGAAGGACCUGGAGAUUAAUUGUUGGUCCACCUUUGCCUAAUGGAUCAUUCAGAGAUGGGACAGUUACAAUCGAUGAUGAGCCUACUUUGGAACAACUACGUGCCCUACACAAAUGCAUUGCUAAGGUAACAGAAGAAAUUGAAGCAACAAGAUUCAACACUGGCAUUUCUGCAAUGAUGGAAUUCCUUAAUGCUGCAUACAAGGUUCUAUAUUUUAAUACUUACUACCUUAGCUUAGAUUACAAAUGUAACUAUAAUUUUUAUUUUCCCUGGCAUUUAUCGUGUUAUCAGUGGGAUAAACAUCCACGAUCUAUCAUCGAAGGAUUUGUUCUGUUACUUUCUCCAUACGCACCUCACAUGGCUGAGGAGCUUUGGUCUCGGCUUGGACAUACAAAUUCCGUAACAUACGAGAGCUUUCCAAAGGCCAACCCCGAGUAUUUGAAAGCUUCAACUAUAAUUCUACCAGUUCAGAUCAAUGGGAAGACAAGGGGUACCAUAGAGAUCGACAAAACAUGUACAGAGGAAGACGCGUUGAAUUUAGCAUCAUCAGAUGAAAAACUUUCCAAAUAUUUAGUAGGAAAGACCAUCAAAAAGAGAAUAUAUGUUCCUGGCAAAAUAUUGAACGUUAUUCUGGAUCGGCAAGAUGUCGCGGUUAGCAAGUCAUAGUAAAUGGUGGUCUCAGUCUGUAUCUAGAGCAUUUGAGCGUCUGUAACAUAGUUUCACUGAAUGUUUGUAGUAUUUGUAAGAGAUUGUAGAUGUUCAAGUGUACAAAAAGACCAAAUCCAGUUUUGGUGAAUAUGAAUGCCAGCCAUAAUCAGGUCCAUGUUUUACAGCAA